AUGGCUACUGAAGAGCACGUGGCCGUUAUCUAUGCUGGUGUCAGGGGCUAUCUUGACAAGCUGGAGCCCAGCAAGAUCACAAAAUUUGAGAAUGCUUUUUUGCCUCAUGUUAUCAGCCAACAUCAAGCCCUGUUGGGCAAAAUCAGGACCGAUGGAAAGAUCUCAGAAGAGACAGAUGCAAAGCUGAAAGGGAUUGUAACAAACUUCUUGGCUGGAUUUGAAGCUUAA